AUGUCAAAGAAGAAUAGUAGUAGUAGUAGUAGUUCAGAUAAGAAGGAUAAGAAGAAGAAUAAAUCAUCAUCUUCUUCUAGUAGUGGUUCAAAACAAUCAUCAUUAUCUUCAACUGCAGCAGGAGGAUCAUCAUCUGCGAUAAUCAAUCCAAAUGGAUGUCAACCAUUACCCACUUCAAUGACCCUGCCCAUCGAACAGUUGGUCAAGUUUGCACCAGAGUGUUUACUCUUUGGACAGCUGCUCGAGUUUGAAAAGAAGCUCGACAGUGCAAUCACCAAGCGCAUCGUAGACAUGCAAGAGAUCCUAAAGAACCGCACGGCAAAGAUGUUCAAGACACUGCGUCUAUCAAUAUACAACACAUUCGCCUGUCAGACCAGCUUCUAUCAUCUAGACAACAAGGCAAUGGUCACAGUCGGUGAGAAGCCAUCGUGGACUCUGCGUAUUGAGGGUAGACUCCUCGACGAAGGCUUGGGGGUCAAUGUGCCUGCCUCUGGUUCGUCAUCGUCUAGCAAGUCAUCAUCACAAGCCAAGCCACAAGCCAAACGCAAGUUCUCCUCCUUCUUCAAGAAGAUCUUUGUUCAGAUUGGUCAUCGCGACAGUUGUGAAUGGGACAAGAGUCAAUCCUUUGCAGAGACUGAUGGAUUCGAGAUAAAGAGGAAUGGUAAUCAAGAGUUGGAUAUCAAGAUAUUGAUGUUCUUGGAUCAUGCACCACAGAAGAGCAAGGUACUUGGUCCAUUGUCACAACUAUUGAAUAUACAUACAGAUACCAAGCCAAAGAUUGUUGCUGCCUUGUGGCACUACAUCAAGGUCAACAGAUUGUUGGAUGUAGAUAGCAAGAAGAUCAUUUGUGAUGAGGCAUUGAAGAAUAUAUUCAACCAAGAUGUACUUCAAUUCAAUCAAAUACCUCAAUUGUUAAGAGAGCACCUUGGACCAUCUGACCCAUUAGAGUUCAACUAUCAGUUGAAGCUCUCGGGUGAUCCAAGAGAGUUUGAGCAGGCGUAUGAUAUCCAGGUGGAGGUGGACGAUCAGAACUAUGCACAGCAAAUGCCACUGCCUCGUAAGGAGAUUCAGCUGCUCGAUGAGGAGAUCAAUCAGUCGAUCAUCUCUAUACACAAUCACAAGAGGAAGCGAGAGUUUAUGGAGAAGCUGGGUGAGGACCCACUGGGCUUCCUCAACGAGUUGACACAUCAGCAGAUCAAGGACUUCCAGCUGUCGCGCUCGCUGCCCUCGUCCGGCUUUGAAGAGGAGCGUCACUCACUCUUUUAUUAUCAGCCCAUGAUGGAGGAGACCGUUCACAAGUAUCUCACCAAACAGGAUAUUCAAGCUCCAACUCCCGUACAGACUGGUGUUGUCGCUGCUCCACCUACUCCCCUAUCCGAUACAAGCAGCUAA